GGAGGAGGAGCAGCCUUUCACACUCCGCUGCUCCUCCUCUGAUUGGCUCAGGGUUUCAGCUGCUUCGCUGGAACAAAAGGUCAAAGUGGACUGCAGUGUAAAUGUGGAGGCAGCCGAUAAAUAUCCUUGCCUGCAGCUGGAAGCGGAGAAGCAGCGUCAGCUGCAGCAGGUUGUGUGUUCCGCGGGUCCUGUGCAUAGGACUUGGCUGGAAGACACUCGGGGAUCCCGUGCAGAGUCACACACGAGGAUGGCUUGUGAAAUCAUGCCGCUGAGAAGCUCACAGGAAGAUGAAAGACCUCUGUCACCUUUCUAUCUGAGUGCUCAUGUAUCCCAAGUCAGCAAUGUCUCAACAACUGGAGAGCUCUUAGAAAGAACCAUCAGGUCAGCAGUAGAAGAGCAUCUUUUUGAUGUCAACAGCUCUGCAGAUCAGAGUUCCGAAGACUUGGAACCUGGACCAUCAUCAGCAUCUUCUACAUCCACCAGGCAGCGAGGGCUUCAGUUUAAGAAGCAGGAUGAUGUUUGGCCUGGGAGAGACAAGGAACUUAUCAAUAAGGAGAAUAUUCCCUAUGGCUUCAACAACUGUGAUGAGUGUAUUCUGAACAGCCAGGAAGCAGAAAGAUUCCAGGACGAUGCUUGUGAUUAUGUUGGGGAGAGAAGCAAACCCAAGCGUCAGAAAUCCAGUUCGAGGCUCGCCGAGCUCAGUGAAAAUCUCGAUGAGCUCCUGAACAUGGAAAGUCUCAGUCCCUUGCAGCCACUUGAAAGACUUGGGCCUGAAGCUGCCGAACUGAGACCUCAUGAAAGCAAAGAAAACGAAAGAGGUGGUAGAGACACUCAUCAUUAUGAGAGCCUCGCAAUGAAGAUUCAGGAGCACCCCAGUAUAUCUGACACCAAACAACAGAGGAAUCAAGAGGCUGAUGAUCAGCAGGAGAGCUUUGUCCCCGAAGUGCCCCAGUUGGACCUGACUGCAUUGUGUGAGGAGAAGAACUGGGAAGAACCCAUCCCUUCCUGGCAGCAAGAGAAUGUAGACCCUGAUGAAGUCCGCCUCUCCCCACAGGCGGGGCGUCUGAUUCACCAGCUUUUGGAUGAGGACAGUGACCCCAUGCUGUCCCCCAGGUUCUAUGCCUAUGGGCAAAGCAGGCAGUACCUGGAUGACACAGAAGUGCCUCCUUCUCCCCCCAAUUCCCACUCUUUCAUGAGGAGGCGAAGCUCUUCCCUGGGCUCCUAUGAUGAUGAGCAGGAGGACCUGACACCUGUGCAGCUCACCAGAAGGAUUCAGACCCUUAAAAAGAAGAUCCGGAAGUUUGAGGACAGGUUUGAGGAGGAGAGGAAGUACAGACCCUCCCACAGUGACAAAGCAGCCAACCCAGAGGUUCUGAAAUGGACAAAUGACUUGGCCAAAUUCCGGAAACAGCUUAAAGAGUCAAAACUAAAGAUCUCUGAAGAGGACCUCACCCCUAGGACAAGGCAACGAAGCAACACGCUUCCCAAGAGUUUUGGUUCUCAACUGGAAAAAGAGGAUGAGAAGAAACAGGAUCUGUCAGAUAAAGCCAUCAGGCCCAGCGUUGAAGCCACACUGGACUGCAUACAGAGGAAGCUCCAGGAGAAGCGAAUGGAGUCCAGCCGUCCUGAGGACAUUAAGGAUAUGACCAAGGACCAGAUUGCUAAUGAGAAAGUCGCUCUUCAGAAAGCCCUGCUAUACUAUGAAAGCAUCCACGGGCGGCCGGUGACAAAGACUGAGCGUCAGAUUAUGAAGCCUCUAUAUGAUAGGUACCGACUAGUGAAACAGAUCCUGUCCCGGGCCACCACUAUCCCCAUCAUUGGUUCCCCCUCCAGCAAACGAAGAAGCCCUUUGCUGCAGCCAAUUAUCGAGGGCGAAACUGCUUCCUUCUUCAAGGAGAUAAAGGAACAAGAGGAGGGCUCGGAAGAUGACAGCUCCCCAAAACCAGACCUUCCUGUCACUCUGAAAACAGACUGCAGUGCACAUUGCUUUCUGGACCAAAUUGAAGAUGAUACUGAUGGAUUUAUUUCACCAAUGGAUGACAAAAUGCCCUCGAAAUGCAGCCAGGACUCAGACCUUUCAAAUCUCCACUCUGCUUCAAUACCUGAACUCUUGGAAUCCCUUCAGGAAAUGAGAGAAGAAAAGAAAAGGAUCCGAAAGAAACUUCAUGACUUUGAAGACAACUUUUUCAGACAAAAUGGGAGAAAUGUCCAGAAGGAAGACCGUACUCCAAUGGCUGAAGAAUACAAUGAAUACAAACACAUAAAGGCGAAGCUUCGGCUGCUGGAGGUGCUCAUCAGCAAACGAGAUGCUGAUUCCAAAUCCAUGUGAAGGGCUGGCGGUGUGGAUGACAGUUCUCCCAGGAAAGAACAGCUCUGGAAGGCAGCCUCGGAGCUGCACCUACAAAGCAAGCAAUCUCCUGCCUCUGAGCGACCAGAUUGGCUCCAGCUCCCUUCCAUCGCCUGCCUUAGAAACUGCCUGCAAGGAAGCUGCCCGU